GGUGUAAGUGAUGCUAAGAAGCACAAACUGCUUUUUGAAUCUAAGUCCCUGUGUUUUCUGUGAAGGAGCUGUAAGUGGGGUGGGACAGAGAUGGCACCUGGGGAUUCUGAGGCACCCGCUCCUCUCUGAGACAGACAGGGAUCAGGAGCCGGAUUGGGACCAGACCACCAGCAACACACCAGAGGAUGUUCUGUAAAUAAGACCAUGGCACUUAAGAAUAUUAACUACCUUCUCAUCUUCUACCUCAGUUUUUCACUGCUCAUCUACAUAAAAAAUUCCUUUUGCAAUAAAAACAACACCAGGUGCCUCUCAAAUUCUUGCCAAAACAAUUCUACAUGCAAAGGUUUUUCAAAAGACAAUGAUUGUUCUUGUUCAGGCACAGCCAAUAAUGUGGACAAAGACUGUGACAAUGUGAAAGACCCUUGCUUCUCCAAUCCCUGUCAAGGAAGUGCCACUUGUGUGAACACCCCAGGCGAAAGGAGCUUUCUGUGCAAAUGUCCUCCUGGGUACAGUGGGACAAUCUGUGAAACUACCAUUGGUACCUGUGGCAAGAACUCCUGCCAACAUGGAGGUAUUUGCCAUCAGGACCCUAUUUAUCCUGUCUGCAUCUGCCCUGCUGGAUAUGCUGGAAGAUUCUGUGAGAUAGAUCACGAUGAGUGUGCUUCCAGCCCUUGCCAAAAUGGGGCUGUGUGCCAGGAUGGAAUUGAUGGCUACUCCUGCUUCUGUGUCCCAGGAUAUCAAGGCAGACACUGCGACUUGGAAGUGGAUGAAUGUGCUUCAGAUCCCUGCAAGAACGAGGCUACGUGCCUCAAUGAAAUAGGAAGAUAUACUUGUAUCUGUCCCCUCGAUUAUUCUGGUAUAAACUGUGAAUUGGAAAUUGAUGAAUGUUGGUCCCAGCCUUGUUUAAAUGGUGCAACUUGUCAGGAUGCUCUGGGGGCCUAUUUCUGCGACUGUGCCCCUGGAUUCCUAGGGGAUCAUUGUGAACUCAACAUUGAUGAGUGUGCCAGUCAACCUUGUCUCCAUGGAGGGCUGUGUGUGGAUGGAGAAAACAGAUAUAGCUGUAACUGCACGGGUAGUGGAUUCACAGGGACACACUGUGAGACCCUGAUGCCUCUUUGUUGGUCAAAACCUUGUCAUAAUAAUGCUACAUGUGAGGACAGUGUUGACAAUUACACUUGUCACUGCUGGCCUGGAUACACAGGUGCCCAGUGUGAGAUCGAUAUCAAUGAAUGCAAUAGCAACCCCUGCCAGUCUGAUGGGGAAUGUGUGGAGUUGUCCUCAGAGAAACAAUAUGGACACAUCACUGGACUGCCUUCUACUUUCAGCUACCAUGAAGCCUCAGGUUAUGUCUGUAUCUGUCAGCCUGGAUUCACAGGAAUCCACUGUGAAGAAGACGUCAAUGAAUGUUCUUCAAACCCUUGCCAAAAUGGUGGUACUUGUGAGAACUUGCCUGGGAAUUAUACUUGCCAUUGCCCAUUUGAUAACCUUUCUAGAACUUUUUAUGGAGGAAGGGACUGUUCUGAUAUUCUCCUGGGCUGUACCCAUCAGCAAUGCCUAAAUAAUGGAAUAUGCAUCCCUCACUUCCAAGAUGGCCAGCAUGGAUUCGGCUGCCUGUGUCCAUCUGGCUACACCGGGUCCCUGUGUGAAAUCGCAACCACACUUUCAUUUGAGGGUGAUGGUUUCCUGUGGGUCAAAACUGGCUCAGCGACAACCAAGGGCUCAGUUUGUAACAUAGCCCUCAGGUUUCAGACUGUUCAGCCAGUGGCUCUUCUACUUUUCCGAGGCAACAGGGAUGUGUUUGUGAAGCUGGAGCUGCUAAGUGGCUACAUUCACUUAUCAAUUCAGGUCAACAGUCAGCCAAAGGUGCUUCUGUACAUUUCCCACAACACCAGCGACGGAGAGUGGCAUUUCGUGGAGGUAAUAUUUGCAGAGGCUGUGACCCUUACCUUAAUCGACGACUCCUGUAAGGAGAAAUGCAUCUCGAAAGCUCCUUCUCCACUUGAAAGUGAUCAAUCAAUAUGUGCUUUUCAGAACUCCUUUUUGGGUGGUUUACCAGUGGGGACAACCAGCGAUGGUGUCGCUCUACUUAAGUUCUAUAAUAUACCAUCCACACCUUCGUUUGUAGGCUGUCUCCAAGAUAUUAAAAUUGAUUGGAAUCACAUUACCCUGGAGAACAUCUCGUCUGUCUCAUCAUUAAAUGUCAAGGCAGGCUGUGUGAGAAAGGAUUGGUGUGAAAGCCAACCUUGUCAAAGCAGAGGACGCUGCAUCAACUUGUGGCUGAGUUACCAGUGUGACUGCCACAGGCCCUAUAAAGGCCCCAACUGUCUGAGAGAGUUUGUGGCAGGCAGAUUUGGCCAGAAUGACUCCACUGGAUAUGUUGUCUUUACUCUUGAUGAGAGCUAUGGAGACACCGUCAGCCUCUCCAUGUUUGUCCAAACACUUCAACCAUCGGGCUUACUUCUAGCUUUGGAAAACAGCACUUAUCAAUAUAUCCGUGUCUGGCUAGAGCACGGCAGACUAGCAAUGCUGACUCCAAACUCUCCCAAAUUAGUAGUAAAAUUUGUUCUUAAUGAUGGAAAUGUCCACUUGAUAUCUUUGAAAAUCAAGCCAAAUAAAAUUGAACUGUAUCAAUCUUCACAAAACCUAGGAUUUAUUUCUGCUUCUACAUGGAAAAUCCAAAAGGGAGAUGUCAUCUACAUUGGUGGCCUACCUGACAAGCAGGAGACUGAACUUAAUGGUGGAUUCUUCAAAGGCUGUAUCCAAGAUGUAAGACUAAACAACCAAAAUCUGGAAUUCUUUCCAAAUUCAACAAAUAAUGUAUCUCUCAAACCAGUUCUUGUCAAUGUAACCCAAGGCUGUCCUGGAGACAACAGCUGCAAGAGGCAGAUCAGUGUGGGAAGGGCAAUCAAUGAGUUGGGAUCCAGAGGACCUAGGUACCAAGUUUCACUGUUUUGCUUCUGUAUAGGAUCUUGGGCAACUGGAAACACCUUCUUUUUAUCAUCUGUAAAACCAGGAUCCAACCCCUGUCGCAAUGGAGGUGUUUGCCAUUCCCUGUGGGAUGACUUCUCCUGUUCCUGUCCUGCCCACAUGAGUGGGAAAGCCUGUGAGGAGGUUCAGUGGUGUGGAUUCAGCCCGUGUCCUCACGAAGCCCAGUGCCAGCCGGUGCUUCAAGGAUUUGAAUGUAUUGCAAAUGCUGUUUUUAAUGAACAAAGCAGUCAAAUAUUGUUCAGAAGCAAUGGGAAUAUUACCAGAGAACUCACCAAUAUCACAUUCGGUUUCAGAACAAGGGAUGCAAAUGUAAUAAUAUUGCAUGCAGAAAAAGAGCCUGAAUUUCUUAAUAUUAGCAUUCAAGAUUCCAGAUUAUUCUUUCAAUUGCAAAGUGGCAACAGCUUUUAUAUGCUAAGUCUGACAAGUUUGCAGUCAGUGAAUGAUGGCAUGUGGCAUGAAGUGACUCUUUCCAUGACAGACCCAAUGUCCCAGACCUCCAGGUGGCAAAUGGAAGUGGACAACCAAACACCGUUUGUGACCAGCACAAUUGCUACUGGAAGCCUCAACUUUUUGAAGGAUAAUACAGAUAUUUAUGUGGGUGAUGGAGCUAUUGACAAUAUAAAGGGCCUGCAAGGGUGUCUAAGUACAAUAGAAAUCGGAGGCAUUUAUCUCUCUUACUUUGAAAAUGUUCAUGGUUUCACUAAUAAACCUCAGGAAGAGCAAUUUCUCAAAAUCUCUACCAAUUCAGUGGUCACUGGGUGUUUGCAAUUAAGUGUCUGCAACUCCAACCCCUGCUUGCAUGGAGGAAACUGUGAAGACAUCUAUAGCUCUUAUCAUUGCUCCUGUCCCUUGGGAUGGUCAGGGAAACACUGUGAACUCAACACUGAUGAAUGCUUCUCAAAUCCCUGUAUCCAUGGCAACUGCUCUGACAGAGUUGCAGCCUACCACUGCACAUGUGAGCCUGGAUACACUGGUGGGAACUGUGAAGUGGAUAUAGACAACUGCCAGAGUCACCAGUGUGCAAAUGGAGCCACCUGCAUUAGUGAUACUAAUGGCUAUUCUUGCCUCUGUUUUGGAAAUUUUACAGGAAAAUUUUGCAGACAGAGCAGAUUACCCUCAACAGUCUGUGGGAAUGAGGAGACAAAUCUCACUUGCUACAAUGGAGGCAACUGCACAGAGUUCCAGGCUGAAUUAAAAUGUAUGUGCCGGCCAGGUUUUACUGGAGAACGGUGUGAAAAGGACAUUGAUGAGUGUGCCUCUGAUCCGUGUGUCAAUGGAGGACUGUGCCAGGACUUACUCAACAAAUUCCAGUGCCUCUGUGAUGUUGCCUUUGCCGGCGAGCGCUGCGAGGUGGACUUGGCAGAUGACUUGAUCUCGGACAUUUUCACCGCUAUUGGCUCAGUGACCCUCGCCUUGUUACUGAUCCUCUUGCUGGCCAUUGUUGCUUCUGUUGUCACCUCCAACAAAAGGGCAACUCAGGGAACCUACAGCCCCAGCCGUCAGGAGAAGGAGGGCUCCCGAGUGGAAAUGUGGAACUUGAUGCCGCCCCCUGCGAUGGAGAGACUGAUUUAAGAGCAUUCUGUCCCUUCAAGAUAGGGAUCCACACACUGUGAAUGUGAUGACUGUACUUCAGUGGUCUCUGACAUACCUGACGAUGUUAAUCUGCAACCGGGAUUACACUGGAACUACAGGAAUGAUUCCUUUAACCACCUUAAAGACUUUCACAGUGGUUCCACUCGACACCAUUGUUUUAUUAUGUUAUAUCACCCAAUCACGAAAAAAGUCUGUGCCAGUAAUUUCAGCCUUAUAAUUAGCAAAAACAUCUUCCAGAGAAUGAAGUCUUCUGAGCAAAGCUCCAGUGUCUAUCACUGAAACUCUUUCCUCCUUUCAACCUGGGGACAACUUUUAGUUUUCAUUUUAGGUUUCUGUACUUUCUGUAGUUUCUGUGUAAACAUAUGGCAGUUUACACAGAAACUGUAGUUUCUGCCAUAUGUUUACACAGAAACUACAAUAAAAAAUUGGCUACAUUUCUCACUUCUCCUAUCAUGUGGUCAAAGGUUAUUGUUGUAUACCAGCGAUGGGAUACUCCUGUAUACUUUUGUCGUUCAUUCAUGGAUUCAGAGAAAGCCAUGGGAAUGACCUGUGGUUCAAAAAAGUGACCCAAUGGCAACAAAUAAAAAUCAAAAUCUGGUUGUUCUCCUU